CCGUCGUUAGUUAGGAACAGUCUGGCUAGCCGGAUAUUGUUUCUAGUUCCGUGCCGGACAUUUUUAGCUGUUGCACUCAUGCUUUACUGACGACCAUGGCGUCCGGAUACAUACUAAAUCGUGGUGUGCUAACGUUAGGCAUUCACUGUCAGCGUGUUUGCAGAAACGUAUCAUUGUCACAGGUUAGGGAGAAAAAGCGAUGGAUGAAAGCAUACACACACCUCAUGGCAAAGAAGUUAAAGCUUGAAGGACCUCCACCACCGAAGCCACGGUCUCAUCAGCCUCACUGGGAUUACCACGCUGAGGUUCAGGCUUUCAGCAGCCGCCUCCACGAGAACUUCUCCCUGGAGGUACUGAAAACAGCCUUCAUCAAUCCCUGUUACCUGCAGGCGGAGCAAGAGAAGAGAAAGGGGUUAGGCGUGGACUCCGGGAUCACUGCUCUUGUUCUAAAAGAUAAUACCCGGCUGAGUGAAAAGGGAGCAGGUUUCACUAAAAGCUUCCUGACAGACUGGUGCGGGGCCAGCUUCCCGAGCCUGCCGAGUGAGGGGGUGGAGAGUGUCGUAGGGCACCUUACCAGUUCAGCAGUGGUGUCCUAUGUAGCAAGAAAUCUCGGCAUUGACGACCUAACCCUGAGUGCAGAAUGUCCUGUUCCUGAUGAUGUGCUUCAUUCAACAUUCAUGGCAGUAAUUGGAGUUUUACAGGAGAGCAGUGGAGCUGAGCAAACUGGAUUGUUCCUCCGGGAUUUCCUGGUCACUCAGCUGAUAGGGAAAGACCUGUUUGAUAUGUGGACAGUUAUCAACCCCAUGGGACUAUUAGUGGAAGAGCUUACUAAGAGGAAGGUUCCACUGCCAGAGCCUCGCCUCAUCAGGUCUGCUGGAGCUUGUACCGUCCUGCCUCUGUACUUUGUCGGCUUGUACAGCAACAAGAAGCUUCUGGCUCAGGGUCCAGGAGAGACACUUGCAGCAGCCGAGGACGAGGCAGCUCGUGUGGCCCUCCGGAAACUCUACGGCUACACUGAGAACCACAGACCCUUUGACUUCUCUCCACUACAGCAGCAUCAGCAGACAUUAAUUCAAUCAGUCAGCAGCAAUUCAUGUUAAUUAACAAUUUGCUGCAGCAGAAAAUGGUUUAAAGGGGGUGCAGUUGGACAGGAUUGUGGCAUGAUUCUUCUUAAGAGAUUAUUUAUAGUACAUCUCGUUUGUGGGUAACAGACUCUCUCUGGAUUGCAGAGAGAAAAUAAGGUCACCUUCUACCUUAAAUGUUAGUUUAGUAAUGAAAAAAGACAAAAGCAAGCAAAACAAACAUUAUCGUCCACAUAAAAAGUUUGACUAGGCAGUAAGAACCAGGUUUCAGACAGAAAUCUAAGAACUCUAUUAUUUAAAUGAUUUAAUUUGAUAACAUAUUCACGAGUAAAGUCAACUGGUCCCCUGCCUUACCUUGGCUAAUGUUGACCAAUCCUGCAAUCCUUGGCACAAAAUAGCCUUGGUGUCUAGUUUUCCUUGUAAAUAAUACAAUUGUAAUUUGGUUUACUUGGUAUUCUGUUAUAUGCGAUUCAUCUGUAAUAAAAAAGUAAUGUGUACACCAA